AUGGCAGAACUGGACACGCUGGACAUGUUCGUCCUCGCUGCCAUUCUCCUCGGUACUCUGGCUUUUUUCACUAAGGGCAAACUAUGGGCUAAACCUAAAGACCCGUAUGGCAGUAGUGGCAAUGCCAUUGGCGUCAAGGCUGGCAAGACGAGGGAUAUAGUGGCCGCAAUGGAGGAGUCAGGCAAGAACUGUGUCAUCUUUUACGGCUCCCAGACUGGAACGGCCGAGGACUAUGCCUCGCGCCUCUCGAAGGAGGGCAAGAGCCGAUUUGGCCUUGAGACCAUGGUGGCCGACCUGGAAGACUACGACUACGAAACCCUGGAUGCUAUCCCGUCCGAUCAUGUCGUCAUGUUCGUCAUGGCCACCUACGGCGAGGGCGAGCCGACUGACAACGCGGUGGAGUUUAUUGAAUUCAUCGCUGCCGACGAGCCAGCCUUUUCCCAAUCGUCCGAACCGGCCCUAGCCAACCUCAACUACGUCGCUUUCGGUCUCGGCAACAACACGUACGAGCACUUCAACUUCAUGGUCCGCAAGGUUGACAAGACUCUUCAGAAGCUCGGUGCCCACCGCAUCGGCGCUGCUGGUGAGGGUGAUGACGGCGCCGGCACAAUGGAGGAGGACUUCUUGGCUUGGAAGGAGCCCAUGUGGGCUGCCCUCGCCGAGAAGCUGGGUCUGGAGGAGCGCGAGGCCGUCUACGAACCCAUCUUCGGCAUUUCCACGGUCGACAGCCUGACUCUCGAGGACGCCUCGGUCUACCUCGGCGAGCCGAACAAGAUGCACCUCGAGGGCACUGCCAAGGGCCCUUUCAACGUCCACAACCCCUAUAUUGCCCCCAUCGUUGAGUCCAAAGAGCUGUUCGGUGGCAAGGACCGCAACUGUCUGCACAUCGAGAUCGACAUCAGCGGCUCCAAUUUGUCCUACCAAACUGGUGAUCACAUUGCUAUCUGGCCCUCCAACCCCGGUGUUGAGGUCGACCGCUUCCUCAAUGUCCUCGGCUACGGCGACAAGCACAACGAUAUCAUCAGCGUCCAGGCUCUGGAGCCCACGGCCAAGGUUCCCUUUCCUACGCCUACCACGUAUGAUGCUAUUGUCCGCUAUCACAUGGAGAUCUGCGCCCCGGUGUCUCGCCAAUUUGUAGCCACGCUUGCCGCUUUUGCCCCCGACGAGGCCUCCAAGGCCGAGAUGACCAAGCUCGGUAGUGACAAGGACUACUUCCAGGAGAAGGUCAGCUCCCACCACCUCAACAUUGCCAGCUUGCUCGAGCGUGUCGGCAAGGGCCAGAAGUGGACCAACGCCCCUUUCACGGCCUUUAUCGAGGACAUCAACAAGCUUCAGCCCCGUUUCUACUCCAUCUCGUCUUCCUCGCUGGUGCAGCCCAAGAAGAUUUCCAUCACAGCCGUUGUCGAGUCGCAAGUGAUUCCUGGCCGCGACGAUGCCUUCCGCGGCGUCACGACCAACUACCUCCUCGCCCUGAAGCAGAAGCAGAACAACGACUCGAACCCUGCCGCAUUUGGCCUGACCUACGAGAUUGCCGGUCCCCGCAACAAGUACGAUGGUAUCCGCGUCCCUGUGCACGUCCGCCACUCCAACUUCAAGCUGCCAUCCGACCCGUCCAAGGACAUCAUCCUCAUUGGCCCCGGCACUGGUGUGGCUCCCUUCCGUGCCUUUGUUCAAGAACGCGCCCAGCAAGCUGCUUCCGGUGAGAUUGUUGGCCGCACGCUGCUCUUCUUUGGCUGCCGGAAGUCGACCGACGACUUUGUCUACCAGGACGAGUGGAAAGAGUACAAGAAGGCCCUAGGCGACGGCUUCGAGGUCAUCACGGCCUUUUCGCGGGAAGGCUCUAAGAAGGUAUACGUCCAGCACCGUCUCAAGGAGCGCAGUGAGGAGGUCAACAAGCUGCUAGAGAACAAGGCUUAUAUCUACGUGUGCGGUGAUGCGGCCAGUAUGGCCCGCGAGGUGAACGUUGUGCUGGGCCAGAUCAUGGUCAGCCAGCGUGGCAUUUCUGAUGCUAAGGCUGAGGAGAUCAUCAAGAACAUGCGCGCAUCUAACCAAUACCAGGAGGACGUUUGGUGA